AACCAUCUGUUUGAACCGACUCGUUCACGAACGACACAUCACUAGCGUCAAACAUGUGCGCGGUCGACGCAGAGUCAUGACGAUCCCUUCAGAGUGUGCGAUACCACAAGUUUAACAACAACAACAACAAUAAAACAUGUUCAUGGACUUCAUGCUGCUCACACUGCUGUGAAGUGACCCCUGCUGUCAUGCCUCCAACCAUGGCUCAGAUCAGUGAUCCAAAGAUUGCCUUCGCCUACCUGCGCCCGGCCUGCGUCCUGCUCACCCGAGAGCCCACUGUGACCAACGUGGAGACGCUGAGUGGCCAAUUAAAAGAAGUCAACGAUGCCACGUUGCAGCAGCUCCAAGAGUAUGUCCUCUUCCCUCUUCGAUUCGUCCUUAAAGUCCCCGGGCCAAAGAAAGAAAAAACGGUGCAGGCUGUGGCUGAGGCCAUGUGCCACGUCCUGGAGAACACUUGUGUCCAAAGCUGGGAGACCCUCCAUGGUCUGUUCUCAGAGCUUUGCCUCUGCCUGUGCUCUCCAGCCGAUCCUGGGAAACCUGCGGACACGUCGGAGGAGUUGAAAUUAGCUGUGCUGAGGUGCCUGGACGCGCUGUUUCACGCUGCUUAUGGUGAUAUCUUCUUUAAACUCUUUGAACCUGUCAUGCUGCCUGGACUGGGAGCUGCCAUAUCACUGCUGCUGGCUCUAGGAGAGAAGGAGAAAUCUCGAGAUAUACAGGUAGCGGCGCUGAUGUGCCUCCAAGCUUUGACUCUGCAGUGUGACUGCACUCAGGACCAUGUAGUUCCAUCCCCGGAGGAGAGAUGCACUAUAGGCAGCACCAUGGCUUCAUUCUUACCUGGGAUCACUACAGCUGUAGCCAGAAUCAUCACAGGAGAUCUGAGACAAGGCCAUACAGUCACCGUCAGAGCCAUCAAGGUUUGGUCCAGGACUGUGGCCCUCGUCUUGGAUGACACCCAGCUUCAGGCCAGUGAGCCCAAGAAGACUUCGUCAGACCUGGGGAGAAUCGGACAGCUAAUGGUCCGUCGGACGCAAGACUGGGUGAAGAGCACGGUGGGGAAACUGUCUUUGCUCCUGAAGAAGAUCAUCUCCUGCACCUCGGCUCACCAGCACUGGAAGGUUAGACUAGAGCUGGUGGAGCUGGAUGACCACCUGCUGUCCCGGUGUAGCCAGUCACUGGGGGAGUGUGUGGGGCUGCUACUGGAAGCGCUGGUGGGAGCAGUCAAUGAUGAAGAUCCCAGAGUCAGAGAGAGGUGUGAGGUCGCUCUCAGAGAGGUCUCCCAGAGGAAUCGGAGCUGUGGCAGCAGCAGUGCUCAGACAUUCACUGACGUACUUUCAGAGAAUCUUCACUCUUUGGCCACCUCCCUGCCCAGACUGAUGAGGACCUCUGAUGACCAGAAGAAGCUGUUUGUCCUCAACGUGUUUCUGGGUUAUAUAAAAGUCUUGGGACCGCUGGUCUCUGUGGUACUGAACUCUGGUGCACACCUUGAGAGGAUUUCCAGAGCCUUGAUGCAGGUGCUGGAGCUGGAUGUGAUGGAUGUCCGCAUUGUGGAGGAAAGGAGUUACGCUCCUUCCAUAGAGACGAGCUCAGGCUCUGGUUAUUCUGACGGUGCUCACAUACAGAGGAAACAUUUUCUAUAUUUCACAGACGAGAAGAUCUUAUGUGUGCUCAUGGAGAUCUGUCGGACAUUAGGUUACUAUGGCAACAUUUACCUGCUCACAGAUCACUUUCUGGAUCUGUACCAACAGUCUUCAGUGUAUAGAAAACAGGCUGCCAUGGUCCUGAACGAGAUUAUCAGGGGUGCUGCAGGCAUAGCCGUAGCAACAGAGGGUCAAGGUGUGGAGAGUCAAGUUCGGGGACAGUCCCCCACCCAGGAAGACCUUAAAGUGGCAGUAGUGUCUGUCAUGGAGGAAUACACCAGUCUGAAGAACUGGCACCUGAUUACUGUCAGCGAGGAGACGGAUAUAGAUCGACAGGACCAGCAGCUGCUCAGCCCAUCCAGGCUCCUCUCCAUAUCAAACAGUAAUUUCAGCAGCACAAAUGCAAACUCUCUCCAAGUGAUCCCUUCCUCGUUUGCCUCCACGUCUACCUCAUCGUCCUCCUCCACACUCCACCAGCUCAACAGCAACAUCUGGCAGCUGUGUAUCCAACUCGAGGGCAUCGCCUGCUUUGCUCAGGCCCUGGGGCGUGACUUUCGUUCCUUGUUGAUGACAUCACUGUACGCCGUGCUGGAGAAAGCCGGGGAGGAGACACUGCUGGUCAGCCAAGCAGCGCUGGGCUCAAUGCAGGACAUCAGUAAGGCCUGUGGCUACCCCUCGCUGAAGGAGCUGAUCAAUGAGAACUCAGACUACCUGCUCAAUGACAUAUCAGUUAACCUGCAGAGGCUGAGCCAGCAUCCACAGGCUCCACGGGUGUUGACAGUGAUGUUGACUCACUCUGACUCCAGCCUGCUGCCUCUGGUCGGGGACAUCGUUCAGGACGUGCUGAUAGCUCUGGAUCUCAGCUACGACCACACAGCUGCUCUUUUCUGCUCUGUGCUGCACGCGCUCAUGAAGGCACUGGCGCGAUGGUUUCCUCCCAGUUGUAGGAGGACCAGCGAGUCUGCCAGACCCAACCAGACCUCCACUCAGAAGGAAGUCUUCAACAUCCGUCAAUUCCUGCUUGAUCAGCGCAAACAGAAAGAACUGGCAGAGGGCAUUGGAAUAGAAGAGGAUGACAGUGAAGACUUAGAAGUCCCUCCUCCCACAGAGUGUGAGGAUGUUGAAGAUCUCGGUGGUCCUGAUGUGAAAGCAGAGCUUCCCCCUCACCUCAGCAUCACUAAGGAUGUUAUGGAGCGCUGCAUUCACCUGCUGUCCGACCCCAGCCUCAGGCUCCGACUCAAGGUAUUGGACGUGCUGGAGCUAUGUGUGCGUGUCCUGAGUGAAAAAGAAAAUGAAUUGCUGCCUAUAGUCCAUCGCUGCUGGCCCGCUCUUGUACAGAGACUGACAGCUGAUGACCCUUUAGCUGUCCUCAGAGCCUUCAGGGUUCUGUGCACACUGGGUGAAACAUGCGGCGACUUUCUGAGGAGGAGGGUUUCUAAAGAGAUUCUGCCCAAGCUGAGCUCCUCGCUGAUACGGCAAGCUCCCAUCAGUGCCAAGGCCGGACCCGUCUACACGCACACCCUGGCCUACAAACUGCAGGUGGCUGUACUGCAGGGGCUGGGGUCACUGUGCCAGAGGCUGGACCUGGCCGAGGCAGACCUGGAUGCUGUUUGUGAAGCCUGCCUGCCCUACUUGAGCUGUAGGCAACCUAUCAGACUGCAAGAGGCCAGCCAAAGCGUCUUCCGACACUUAAUCCAGGUGGAUCCGGAUGCCUUCUGGUUCACUCUGAAUGAGCUGCACUGUCCGUCCUCUUACAUCCCGCCCCACCCCGACCUCCAUCCCAUACAGCUGAGCGGCAUGGGUCGGCCAAGAGACGAGUACUCUGACAACGUGCUGAAACUGCUGAGGGAGGAGUUUGGCUCGGUCGCAGAGACAGUCGACCAGCCAGUCAGCUAAUGAGCGAGUGAUUGAUGUGAUUGACUCAUCUCUCAAUUGGACGGCUUAUUGAACCAUUGACUCGGGCGAGUCAAUUAACUGGAAAGAAAAAUCAGACAAUUGUGCCAAAAAGCAGCGAUCAGAUAUGGUUGUGAUAACCUUCAUGCUGUACACAGCUCUGAUAAGCAGCAAGGUACAAAGGGAAAAUGUCAGUGAAGCAUCUCUGCUACUGUUCACUCUUCUGCUGCAGGUGGAUCCUUUCUGACAGGUCUUCUACAUUAGGAGACAUGCAGUGACAGGAUUUUCAUUUCAUGUGAAGAGACUGACUUACACUGUGUGAAAAUGUUGUUUUCUAUUCCUUUUCAUAUUGUUUCUUUAUUUUCUUAAUCAUAUUUUAUGUUGUUUUGUUUCUCAAGAAAUACCUUCAUAAUCAAAAUAAUCACCAAAAUACAACUAUU